GGAGGGGAGAUGCCGGAUUCGGGAGAAGGUCCGCCAUUAUUGGGAAGCUGAAAAAAUAGACUUAUACACAGCGUCACACAUUUAGCCUGUAAGUGGCUUAACGUUGGAAAGCAGCACACGGCUCCGGACGAGCUGCCGGACUCUGCCGACCGCCCCUCGCCGGCCGAAGGCAGAGCCCGAGAAAGCGACUGCGCGCGGACUCCUUUUAUUUUUGACACAACAAAGGACAUAAUAAUUGGUCAAAACAACGUGGUGGCGAAGCGAGAAGGGGAAAAAGAGCCUGCGAAACAGCACUGAGCGACGCCUCCCCCUCCUUUUGGCUCUGCCCUCGGCUCCAGCCGCGGCGAGCAGCCCGGAGUUUCAGCAGCAUUUUGUUCUUUUUUUUCCCCCUGUCGAGAAUUGAACUUGUUUUUUCCGUCCCCUCUUCCACUGUGAGGGAGACGCGGACGAGCAGAAAUGUGCGUGUGGAAACUUCCGAGCGCCUGAGCGAUGGACGGGCGGCGAGUUAGCUUUGAAACAGCGCAGAAGAGUCGACGCUAGCGCUCGGUGGGGAGUGUUUUUGUCCGAUUUUCCAAAGUCUUUCACCGGCGGCGGGUCGCAGGAAGGAGCGGACGGCGGAGGAAUGCCGCGGGAUUGACCUCAGCCUGGUGAGCUCGUCUUGCAUGGAAACCUUCCUUCUGUGGCAGCCGCCUCCUCUCCACAGAGCUAAAGGCCAGCAUGGCAGGAUGAGCCUCUGCCAACGAUGAUGAUGGCCAAAAAGCAAGAUGCCCGGACACCCACCUACAACCUGGUUGUGGUUGGGCUGUCCGGCACGGAGAAGGAGAAAGGCCAGUGUGGAGUGGGAAAGUCCUGUCUGUGUAAUCGCUUUGUUCGGCCAAGCGCAGAUGACUUCUACCUAGACCACACAUCUGUUCUUAGCACCAGUGACUUUGGUGGCCGUGUGGUAAACAAUGACCACUUUCUUUUCUGGGGAGAGGCUACACGGACAAUGGAAGAAGGCCCAGAAAGCCGUAUGAAUGUGGUGGAGCAGACAGAGUUUAUUGACGAUCAGACCUUCCAGCCACAUCGAAGUACGGCACUCCAACCUUACAUUAAAAGGGCUGCUUCCACCAAGCUAGCUUCGGCUGAGAAGCUGAUGUACUUUUGCACUGAUCAGCUAGGGCUGGAGCAGGACUUUGAGCAGAAACAGAUGCCUGAAGGCAAGCUUGUGGUGGAUGGCUUCUUACUCUGUGUGGAUGUUAGCAGGGGCAUGAACCGUAGCUUUGAGGACCAGAUGAAGUUUGUUACCAACCUGUACAACCAGCUAGCUAAAACAAAGAAGCCCGUGGUACUGGUUCUCACCAAAUGCGAUGAAGGAGUUGAGCGUUAUAUUAAAGACUCGCACACAUUUGCCCUAGCCAAGAAAAAUCUACAGGUGGUAGAAACAUCAGCACGCUCAAAUAUCAAUGUUGACCUAUCUUUUCUUACUCUAGUUCAACUAAUAGACAAAAGUAGGGGAAAGCCUAAAAUUAUUCCUUACUUCGAGGCACUGAAACAGCAAAGUCAACAGAUUGCCUCAGCCAAGGACCGGUAUGAGUGGCUAAUCACUCAAAUUGUGAAGAACCAUAAUGAGAUAUGGCCCACUGUUAGUCGCCACAUGCAGACUGCGCCUCAAUAUAAGGAUUAUGUUUUCCUUGAGAGCACAGCUAAAGCCAAGAAGCUCUUCCAGCAGCAUGUGCAUAGACUUAAACAAGAGCACAUAGAGAAACGUCGGAAGGCCUAUCUAACUGCUCUGCCACAGUCCCUGUCUGUGCUAUUGCCAGAGUUAGAUGAGAUAGACCACCUAAGCUGGUCUGGAGUUCAGAAAGUCCUGGAGACGAAGAGAGACUUCUCCCAGUGGUUCGUAGUGCUAGAUGACACCCCCUGGGAGACCACGUCACACAUUGACAAUAUGGAGGAUGAUCGAAUCCCCCAGGAUCUACUAGAGACCCCAGCAGCUGAAACGAUCUAUGAAACCCACCUGGAGCAGCUAAGGAAUGAGCGUAAACGAAGUGAGAUGAGAUGGGAGUUCAAGGAGAAGCUAAGUGUCUCUCCUUUCAUCACACCAGGGAAACCCUGGGAGGAAGCCCGAAGCUUCAUCAUGAACGAAGACUUUUACCAGUGGUUGGAUGAGGCUGAAUAUCUAGAUAUCUACAACAAACACCAGAAGGAAAUCAUUGAUCGAGCCAAAGAGGACUUUCAGGAACUUCUUCUGGAAUACUCUGAGCUUUUUUAUGAGCUGGAAGUAGAUGCAAAGCCAAGUAAAGAGAAAAUGGGAGCCAUUCAGGAGGUGUUGGGUGAGGAGCAGAGGUUUAAAGCCCUGCAAAAACUGCAGGCAGAAAGGGAUGCCCUGGUAUUGAAACAUAUCCACUUUGUUUACCACCCUACAAAGGACACCUGUCCUAACAGCCCCCACUGUGUGGACAGUAAGAUAGAACAGAUUCUGGCGUCCAGAUUUCCUACCCGCUACGCAUCAGAAAGUUCCAGACUGGAUGGAGGGAGGGCUGAACGAAUAAAUCUUGUCAUUCUUGGCAAAGAUGGGCUUGCAAGAGAGAUGGCAAAUGAGAUAAGGGCCCUGUGCACCAGUGAUGACCGGUACGUGUUAGAUGGAAAGAUGUACGAGUUAACCCUUCGUCCCAUAGAGGGGAACGUACGCCUGCCAGUUAAUUCCUUUCACACACCAACCUUUACACCCCAUGGUUGCCUGUGCUUGUACAACUCAAAGGAAUCCCUCUCAUAUGUUGUUGAGAGUAUAGAGAAGCUCAGAGAGUCAACUAUUAGUAGAAGGGACAGGGAGAACAGCUUUGCCCAACUUCCGCUGUCUUUACUUCUGGUUACCAAGCGGGGGGUAGGAUCCAUUGGAGAUAUUGGGGGAGAGACAGCUCAGACUCUCAUUCAGCAAGGGCAGCAGGUGGCUGGGAAGUUACAGUGCACUUACCUAGACCCUGCCUCUCCAGGUAUGGGCUAUGCACGUAAUGUCAGUGAGAAGCAGAUCAAUCAAAUGCUGAAAGGUCUCUUAGAAUCACGGAGAAGCAUAGGGAGCAGCUCCCCUCCUCUACCCCCUCCAAUCUCUGCCUUCAGAGACUCUCAGACACAGUCAGUGCCAGAAGCAGAUCUGAGGAUAGUGAUGUGCCUGAUGUGUGGAGAUACAUACGACCUAGACCAACUCCUUGCUCCAUUUCUGUUACCCCAGCAUUGUCGUCCUGCUUCUAAUCUCAGCAGUGGCACCUCUGUUCUGCUGGAUCUCAGCAUAGGAGGACAGAGGCAGAAUAUUGAACUGUCAUUGCUCUCGUUCCACUCUUCGUUCUCCCUCCGCAAAACCAGGCUUGUCCAUGGCUACAUUGCAGUUUACUCUGCUCGCCGCAAGGCCUCUAUGGAGACAUUAUGUGCUUUCCUGUGUGAGGUCCAAGACAUUAUACCUGUCCAGUUGCUAGCAGUAGGUGAAAACCAGAUGGAACUGUCAGACUCUGACUCAGCUAAGGAACAGGUCAGUCAAGGAGAGGAGCUGGCCCAUGAAAUAGAUGCCAGGUUUAACACAGUCAUCUGUGGACAUGGAGGUGUUGUCGGGGGCCUUCAUAAGAUAGAUCUUUUUCAAUCCUUCCUUAAAGAAGUUGUAGAGAAGCGCACCAUUGUUGAGGCCACACACAUGUAUGAUCAUGUAGCUGAAGGAUGUACCACUGAAAGUACCAGCCCUCGCUGUGGCUCCCCUAGUCCAGUUAACAUUCUUAUGGACUCAGAGGACGAUAUUGACCCAUCACCACCUUAUCCCACCCUGAGGGAGGACAGUAGUUUUGCUUCUCAGUUAGCAAACUUCAAGUUGCCUGAUCUGGAUUCGAGUGACAAUUUCUCUGUUAUUUCUGAGCUUAGCACCUUUGAAAGCAAGUUGAAUAACAAGGUCCCUCCACAAGUGAAGCCCAAGCCUGUGCGCAAGGUUAACCUUAAUCGACCAGUGCCCCAAGCUGUCACCUGGGCUCCAGGUAGUGAUGGCGGCUACGACCCCUCAGACUACGCAGAGCCCAUGGAUGCUGUGAGCAAACCUCGACCCACAGAGGAGGAAAACAUUUACUCUGUUCCCCAUGACAGCACACAGGGCAAGAUCAUCACCAUCAGGAAUGCAAACAAAGGUCACUCCAAUGGCAGCACUGGAGGGAAUGGAUCCGACAGCGAGGCUGAUAGUAGCUCACUGGAGCGCAGGAGAAAGCUGUCUGCCAUUGGGGCAAAGCCUAAACUCUACAGGGACAGGUCCAAACGGCUCGGCAAGUUCAGCAGUUUCAGGACAAGCUUCUCUAUAGGUAGUGAUGAUGAGAUGGGGGGUCCACCCAAGGCGAGCCAAGAUGAUGGAGGAGGUCAGAAGGACAACUCUAUCGAGGAGGGCGAGGACCCUAAAAGAAGAAACAUCCUUAAGAGCCUGCGCAGAAACACAAAGAAACAACGAGCCAAACCAAGACAUUCCAUUUCAAAACCAAUUGAGAGCAACUACUUUGGCCUGCCACUGGUCAACGUGGUCAGUCCUGACAGGCCAAUCCCGGUCUUCAUUGAGAAGUGCAUCCGGUUCAUCGAGACGACAGGCUUGAGCACAGAAGGCAUCUACAGGGUCAGUGGGAACAAGGCGGAGAUGGAGAGCAUGCAACGACAGUUUGAACAAGAUCACGGCCUGGAUCUAGUAGAGAAGGACUUCACCAUGAACACAGUGGCAGGAGCCAUGAAGGCCUUCUUCUCUGAACUACCCGAGCCUCUGGUUCCCUACGGCAUGCAGGGAGACCUGGUGGACGCCUUCAAGAUCAACGACAGGGAGCAGCGCUUCCAGACAAUGAAGGACAUUCUGCGCCGCUUCCCCAAGGAAAAUUACGAGGUCUUCAAAUAUGUCAUCAGCCACUUAAACAAAGUGAGCCAGAACAACAAGCUGAACUUGAUGACGAGCGAGAAUCUGUCCAUCUGCUUCUGGCCCACUCUCAUGAGACCAGACUUCACCACCAUGGACGCCCUGACUGCCACCCGCACCUACCAGACAAUCAUCGAGAGCUUCAUCCACCAGUGCGCAUACUUCUUCUACAACCAGCCCCUGGCCGACGGCCUCCCUGGGUCCCCCACCUCCACGCUGUCUUUCGGGGGAGGGUCCUCAGCCUACUCCUGCAUGGCUGGAGGCUACUCAUCCUCACCGGCUCCGUCCCCGGCUCCCUACAUCCUCCCUGCCACACCUCCUGUCAUUCCACACUACGGCCCGCCCAUCCACCAUCACCAACACCACCACCACCACCACCACCAUCAUCAUCAGUCCCCACCCCACUCCCCGCCUGCUACACCCCAGUCCCCGAUCUUGCUGCCGCCUUCCAUGCACCCCCAUCACCCUCCUGCGGAACAACAUACGCUGUGAACCAGGGAUCAAGGGAAAAAGAAGAAAACUAAAAUAUGAUGGUGGGAUUUGAAGAGAUUUAAGGGUUUUGGAGAAGAGAUUUGAAGUUUGGGAAGAAACUGAACAAGAUCAGUUGAAAUGAGAACAGAAAGUAGACAUAGAAAUGGGAAGAGAUUGAGUAAGAUGCAGUAUGUACAGAGAGAAACCUACAGGUUUGGGAGAAGAAGGGCACGUGAGCCUCCGUAGCUGUUAGACAACUGGACUGAAAGGGGAGCUCUGAACUGGCCAUGUGAUCUUUCCCCCUCUAUGCCACAUCGCUCGUCUGUCUCUCAGUCUCACUUCACCUAGACUUGCCCUCCUUGCCUUAUAGAGAAUCUACACAACCACACUAAUGAAGAGAGAGACAUUGCCAGUAAUUGUUAAAGGGACUCAGGGAGGGACACAGAAUAAACAAGGAAUGUGCACUGUGUUCUGUUGGUGUUGCGUCACCAAACACACACUCGACACAGACACCCAGUGGCCAGUGUGCCUCCGACAACCAUCCUCCUCAAUCCCUCAACUGUGCUGGAAAGUUUGGUGGCCCACGCGUUUUGUUUUUUGUUUGUUUAUUUCUUUUCCAAAGCGGCCCGCCUGCUGUACCUGCCCGGUGGCCGUGGCUGCGGCCAAUCGGGGCGAGGAGUCCCGAGCAUACGUUUGUUUGUUCGCUCGCUUCACCACUGUACAGAGAGGACGUCGGUGAGAAACACAUGUUGCUCCUCACCCGACAGGAUGUUCUGUCCUCUGCGACUUGCACAUUCCAGUCUGUCAACCCCUCACACAGCCCCACACAAACAGACAAAAUCAGUUUCAGUCAAGGCAGUAUGCCACACGGGGGGGGAAUCUCAACCGACCGGAUCUGCCAUGCAGCAAAGGAUUAUUAGUGCUCUCACACCCUCGGCAUUCUGGGAAAGCGUCUCCUGCUCCUCUGUUUGCUCGCUCGCUCUCUCUCUCUCUCUCUCUCUCUCAGUUAGAUCUUUAACCCUGUCAUGUUUACAAAGUGGAUUUUAAUGGCCUAAAUCUUGAUUCUGCAUCCACAUUCCCUCUGCCCCCCCAAUCUGUUUUUAUUCCAUUCUCCUCCUGAGGAAACUGAGCCUAACUGUCAAUAAGUGGUCUUGUGUCUGUCUGACUGAGUGGCUGUAUGCACCUGUGUCCACGUUGUGUUUUGCUGUACUUAAAUUUUUCUCUCUCGAGCAGAUAGUGGGAAUAAUUUCAGUGUUGGACCUCCACCUGUCAUGUUGCUUCUUUAACACUGUGGUGAUUUUACAAGUGAGUCGGGGCUGUGGUUGUCAUUGUAAGGACCUUGUUCAAAAAGCACUUUUCUGAGCACUUUGAAGGCACAUUUUAAAUUGACGCUACCCUGACAGCUGCCGUUUGUCAGUACACACACACACACACACACACACACACACUCUGUCCCUUUCUGUCUCUGGGAGCGCACCACUGACAUCUAGAGGACAAAAUAGAUAUUACUUCCACUACUGCAUGGGCGUAGCACCGUUUUCCUGCUGUGGUUUUUGUAGCAUCCGAUUCUUUUAUGUGCAGAUGUCAAGAUUCAUCUUCAUUGUAUGUCAAGAAAUAAACUCAUGAGCUGUGUAAGAGUGUAAAUAAAUGAGCAGCAGCUGUUUUAAAUUGGGUACAAAUCACUUUAGAUGAUAUGGAUCCAGACGCCAUGUGACUGCAGAUGAGGCAGUGAAUGAAAUAGCGUUUUGUUAUUUUCCACUCCCCUGUGGAUGCUAAAGCCCUCAGCCCUCAGCAAAACGAGUGCACACCACUUUCCACAAUGCCACAUUUGAAUGAAGGCAAUCAUUCCUUGAAAGGCGGGUGCACAAUGUAGCAAUACAGGGUAGAAGCAAAGUCUUGACAGGUAGGAGGCCUUUGUUGGUGAGAGUAAUUGGUAACCUCUGCUCCAGACAGAAGCAUGCUGCGCUUCAAAUGGGAAGUCGGCUUGAACGCAAACUCUGUGGACUCGAAAUAUAAUUUGCAAAACCACUGCACCAAAUUCCCACCACCGUCACUGUUUUGCCACCACAUCCCAUAGUCCUGCCCUGGCCAAGAGAGACAGUUGGGUCUGGGUGAGACAGCAGACAGAACAGACAGUCCAUUCAUCCGACUGCAUGACUGGAAUGGAGCAUCACAGGAUUCCUCGCACAGUCUGCUGUUACCGUAGAAACCAGCAGGAUGGGGCUCGAGUUGAAUUGCUGAGCCCCGAUUGAGCGAGCUUGUACGUGCACACUACACACACACACACACACACACACACACAUUAUAUAUAUUAUAUUAUUGUGUGUGUGUGUGUGUGUGUUCAUGUUAAGCAGAUGCACACCAAGGUCACUCCUUCUGUUUGACACUGAAUUGCAUCUCUGCACGUCUCCCCACACGGCCUUCUCUGCCCAACAGGAAAGAAAAUCCCUUUUAACAAGUCACUGAGCUCUUAAAGGAGCUUUUAUCAGCCUACGCUACCUAUUUACCUAGUGUGUGUGUGCGUGAGAGAGAGGGAUGGAAGAAUGACGACUGCGUGUCGGGCUUCAUCCGAGCUAACAUGCUAGCGUGCUGUGCUUGGCAGAUGGCCAGACACCAGCGUGAUCCCAGCAAACGUGAAGGAGAGGAAUGCAGAUCUCCUUGCGGUCAUUACCCGCUGUGUAACCCUGUUAGCUCGUCCAGAUUACACAGACGCACUGAUCCUAGAGAUGGGGCGAGAGGGAGGGAAGGCGGACAGCAACCGGGUGAAUGUGAUCAUUAUUUGGGAGAAUGGGGGGGGUGACCACUGGUACUGGUGCGUGAAUGCUGUGGCCAGUGGUGUUGCCUCUGUAUAUCAAUGUGUUAAUACUGAACUGACUGUGAGGCAGCCAAAGACUAUGGAACAAAGAGUCUGAGGGGGAGUUUUGAAACAAAGUGACAGUUUAGAAUAAUUCAAAUAAAAUGUGACUUUGGUUCAGUGAUAAAAAUGUGGCUGUGUUGCUUUUCUCUGUUUUAUUUCUUUUAGGGUUUUUUUUUUUUGGUGACAGAUGUCUGUUAAGUUAAAAUGAGAAACAAGCAAAACUAUAUUCAAAUGGUUGUUUAUUGGUAUGUUAGGGGUCUAACACUUUGCCCUUUAGUCAGUGGUGAUAGAAAACAAUUCUUUUAUGUUUUAUUUUAAAAAUUAAUAAAAACACAAAGCCUUUUUUUUAACAAUUUCUUUGUGAACGAUUGAGAGACCAGCCCAAUAUAGUGCAUGAUUUCUUCCCCAUGAAGGAAGAGGGCUCCACCACUCUCACUAUUUAAGAGAUGAUAAAAAAAAUAUUAAGAAAUUAUGGGAGGAAAGAAAACAGUUAAAAAAAUAAAAAUGAAUGAAUGAAGUACUGUAAACUGAAAAGAUAACAUCAAACAAAAAAACUGUCAUUUGUUGAGUAUGGUAAUUUGUUUUAAUGGGAAUGGUGUAUACAGCAAGGCCUUAUGUCAACUGUAUGAUAGUUAAUAAAUCAAAUCUUGUAAAUCUC